CAAUGCUGUUGCAACAAACCAGGCCUGAAUAGACCGUUAAAAUCUCCCGGCAAUGCUCUCGCUCUUGCCAUUUCCUCCUCCACAAAAUCGCUAUUAACACUUGAUUCCGAUGACAGAGCUCCAAACCCUAUAGAAUGGCGCAGACUCAAAAGCCAAAGCAAUUUAACAAAUGCUUUGUUUAAUGUUUUGUCUGGUCCGCCACCUACCCUACCUCACCUUGCCUUUCUAAGAAAUGACCUUUCGUGGAACCGAAGCUCCCUUUUCUUGAACGUUGCUAGGAAAUUUCUACCUUGUUUCCUGUGUCAAUUUCAGUGGUUGUAUUUAUACUUCGUUGGAGAUCGUUUGUUAUUGUGAUACGAGAAGUGGGUAAUGAUGGAAAGCUAUUUGAAUGAGAAUUUUGAUGUGAAACCGAAGCACUCGACUGAGGAGGUUUUGCAGAGAUGGAGAAACGUUUGUGGAGUUGUGAAGAAUCCCAAGCGAAGGUUUCGCUUCACUGCCAAUCUCUCCAAGAGAUACGAGGCUGCUGCUAUGCGACGGACCAAUCAGGAGAAGUUAAGGGUUGCGGUUCUGGUUUCCAAAGCUGCAUUUCAAUUUAUCCAAGGUGUAUCCCCAAGUGACUACACUGUACCUGCAGAAGUAAAGGCUGCGGGCUUUGAGAUUUGUGCUGAUGAGUUAGGAUCCAUUGUUGAAGGCCAUGAUGUGAAGAAACUAAAGCUUCAUGGUGGGGUGAAUGGGAUUGCAGAGAAGCUGUGCACUUCAACCACUGAUGGGCUUCCUACAGAUAAUGAUCUGCUGAAUCGUAGACAAGAGAUUUAUGGAAUCAAUAAAUUUGCUGAAAGUGAGCUUCGAAGUUUCUGGGUAUUUGUUUGGGAAGCCCUUCACGACAUGACUCUUAUGAUACUUGGGGUGUGUGCUCUCGUGUCUUUAGUAGUUGGCAUAGCAACAGAAGGAUGGCCAAAGGGGGCUCAUGAUGGCCUCGGAAUUGUUGCAAGCAUCUUGUUGGUUGUCUUUGUUACAGCAACAAGUGACUAUCGUCAAUCAUUACAAUUCAGGGAUCUGGACAAGGAGAAAAAGAAGAUCACCAUUCAGGUCACCAGAAGUGGAUUUAGACAGAAAUUAUCAAUAUAUGAUUUGCUUCCAGGUGAUAUUGUCCAUCUUUCUAUUGGGGACCAAGUCCCUGCUGAUGGGCUUUUUAUUUCAGGAUUUUCAGUAUUGAUUGAUGAAUCAAGUUUAACUGGGGAAAGUGAGCCAGUAAUGGUGAGCUUGGAAAAUCCUUAUAUGCUCUCUGGAACAAAGAUCCAAGAUGGAUCAUGCAAAAUGUUGGUUACCACUGUUGGGAUGAGAACCCAAUGGGGUAAAUUAAUGGCAACUCUCAGUGAAGGAGGAGAUGAUGAAACCCCAUUGCAGGUGAAAUUGAAUGGAGUGGCAACCAUUAUUGGCAAGAUAGGCCUUGCCUUUGCUGUAGUAACUUUUGCAGUUCUGGUGCAAGGGCUUUUUAGCCACAAAUUGCGUGAUGGGUCGCAGUGGAGUUGGACUGCAGACGAUGCAUUGGAGCUGCUAGAAUACUUUGCUAUUGCAGUCACCAUUGUUGUUGUCGCAGUUCCAGAGGGGCUGCCACUGGCUGUGACAUUGAGUCUUGCCUUUGCCAUGAAAAAGAUGAUGAAUGAUAAAGCCCUCGUUCGACAUCUGGCAGCUUGCGAGACUAUGGGAUCAGCAACAACUAUCUGCAGUGACAAAACUGGGACGCUGACAACUAAUCGUAUGACUGUUGUGAAAUCAUGCAUUUGCAUGAAUAUCAAGGAACUCGGCCAACCUGACAAGGCUUCAAGCUUGCGCUCUGAAUUACCUGAUUCUUCUUUGAAACUUCUGCUACAAUCAGUAUUUAAUAACACUGGAGGUGAAGUUGUUACUAGUAAAGAUGGCAAACUUGAGAUAUUGGGAACACCCACUGAGAGUGCUUUAUUGGAGUUUGCAUUGUCUCUGGGUGGAGAUUUUCAAGCAGAGCGACAGGCAGUAAAACUUAUUAAAGUUGAGCCUUUCAACUCCACAAAAAAGCGAAUGGGGGUAGUGGUGGAACUUUCUGAGGGACGCAUGCGAGCCCACACUAAAGGUGCUUCAGAAAUUGUUUUGGCUGCCUGUGACAAGGUGCUUAAUUCAAAAGGUGAAGUUGUUGCUCUUGAUGAAGCAUCCCUUAACCAUCUUAAAGUUACAAUCGAUCAGUUUGCUAGUGAGGCUCUUAGAACUCUGUGUCUUGCCUAUAUGGACCUGGAAAAUGGAUUUUCCCCUGACAAUUCUAUUCCAGUUUCUGGGUAUACUUGUAUAGCAAUUGUGGGUAUUAAGGAUCCUGUUCGUCCUGGUGUCAAGGAGUCAGUUGCAGUUUGUCGUUCAGCUGGUAUCACUGUACGAAUGGUUACUGGAGACAAUAUAAAUACUGCUAAGGCUAUAGCUAGGGAAUGUGGUAUUCUUACUGAUGAUGGUAUAGCCAUUGAAGGUCCAGAUUUUAGAGAGAAGAAACAGGAUGAAUUGAUGCAACUAAUUCCCAAAAUUCAGGUAAUGGCACGAUCUUCACCUCUAGACAAGCAUACACUAGUUAAACAUCUGCGAACUACCUUUGGUGAAGUUGUUGCUGUGACUGGUGAUGGAACAAAUGAUGCCCCAGCUCUUCACGAAGCAGACAUUGGUUUAGCAAUGGGCAUUGCGGGAACUGAGGUGGCCAAAGAGAGUGCUGAUGUCAUAAUUCUGGAUGAUAAUUUCUCCACUAUCGUGACAGUGGCCAAAUGGGGGCGUUCAGUUUACGUAAAUAUUCAAAAGUUUGUGCAGUUCCAGCUGACAGUUAAUGUUGUUGCAUUAAUUGUUAACUUCUCUUCUGCUUGUAUGACAGGGAGUGCUCCCCUCACUGCUGUUCAGCUUUUGUGGGUAAAUAUGAUCAUGGAUACGCUGGGGGCUCUUGCACUUGCAACAGAGCCUCCAAAAGAUGAACUAAUGAAGCGCACACCAGUUGGAAGGAAAGGGAAUUUCAUCAGCAAUGUCAUGUGGAGAAAUAUCAUGGGCCAGUCUGUGUAUCAGUUUUUCGUGAUAUGGUAUCUUCAGGCAAAAGGGAAAGAUUUGUUCGAUCUUGAAGGGCCAAACUCUGAUCUUGUCCUUAAUACGCUUAUAUUCAAUGCAUUUGUCUUUUGUCAGGCUUUCAAUGAGAUAAGUUCGCGAGAGAUGGAGCAGAUCAAUGUUUUCAAAGGCAUACUCGAGAACUGCGUUUUUGUUUCAGUCCUUGGUUCUACAAUCAUUUUCCAAAUCAUAAUAGUGGAAUUCCUGGGUACAUUUGCAAAUACAACUCCUCUUACUUUGUCACAAUGGUACUUCAGUGUCAUCAUCGGAUUUCUAGGCAUGCCAAUUGCUGCUAUUUUAAAGCUGAUCCCAGUAUAAUCUGGUAAGGAGAUGCAAUCUUUUAGAUUCCAUCUAGAACCUGUGUUUUGGUAGCUAGUUUUUGAGGUUCUCUCUUGCCAGAGUAUUAAUGAAGUAAUUGAAAAUUGCUGGACAGGAAAGUUCCUCUGGACUUGUGCUGAAGAAGAGGAAAAGGAGAAAUUUGGAUCAUCAGAAUAGUUUUCCAUAACCUAGGUUUUGUUAGAUGUCAAUUUUCUUCUUUAUUUUUACCUAUUCUUGGCAAUCUAAGAGAUGCUGGUAAUUUUUCCUGCAUCUUGUAGAUGAAGUGCUAAUUUGGGGGCAGCUUUGUGUAAGGCUGCUGAUAUUCUAGGGUCAUGUAAAGCAACUUGUUCACUGAAUCAUUUGCUUUCUUGUAGUUAAAAAAUCUUCAUUUUUGCAAUUCUUUGAUUUGUAAGUUUCAAUUUAAGCAUUUUGAAAAGACUGAUGAAGUUAUUGCAAAAGAAAAGAAGGAAGUUCUUUUUUCA